GGGCGGAGUGGGGCUGGAGAUGGAUGAUCCGGACGCGUUCAUGCGCGGCGGACGCAACGGGUUGAAUGAUUUGGAUGACUUUGGAGGAGGCGGGCUGGGCGAUCCUGGUGAGGACUUCGAUCAUGAUAUCUAGCCUCCUGCUUGACAGCCCCGUCACAUCGACCGAACCGCAAACGCAACUACAACGGCAACGGCAAGAAAUCCUCCAAAUCCAAGCCGCAACCCCCCUCCCAACAUGCGUCCCCGAAAGAUGAAAAGAAACGACCGCCGCCGCGACAGUCCACAAAACCCGGAGACAAGAUCCCUCCAAUUCCACCACCGCCAUACCCACCCUUCCCGCGUCCUCCAUCCCGCUCCUCUCGUGCAGGUGCCCAAGCACCUCCACCUCAAGCACAUCCACCGCAUCCGUUCCCUCCCCCAUACGACCCCUCGACGCAGCAACACCCUUUAUUCGGCCACCCUAACCAACCGCCUCCCCAACCCUACCCGACCCAGGGCCAGCCGCCCCCGCACACCCCUGGCCAACCAGGAAUCCACCCUGACCCUGGACACGAUCCCUCCUCCAGCAUGCCCCCCUGGGGACUCGGCAACAUGUUUGGACACCCGAUGAUGGGAAUGGGCAUGGGCAUGGGCCUCGAUCCAGACUUCGGGGGUGGCGGUCCACCGGGUAGCUUUCCUUUCUCUCUGCCGUUUGGUCCGCAUCCGCGUGGUGGACCAGGUAGCGUGGGCGGGAGGCCAAUGCUUGGAAGGAGGUGGGGGAGACGGGGAGGGAUGACGCCGAGGAGGGGCAAGAGGAGUAUGUCCGAUCCGUG